UGGAAACACAAAGCCCGGGCUCUCGCUUCCAACUUGUCGGAGCUCCUUAUUAAACACACACACACACACACGGUGAGGGCAAAGAGACCAGAAACUGUUGGAACCGAGUCCGUGGCGGUCAUUUCUGUGUGCCUGGCAAGACCCACUUUCAGAUUGCAAACCCUGUCCUUUCACCCAGAGGGGGAAAAACAUCUUGAAAGGCGCAGGAGCUGCCAAUCUCAGAGUUCAGGUAGUGUUUUUUUUCCCUGAAACUCUGAGGACUGACUGGGAGCGAUCUACAGGGGGCUCUUUACUGUACAGCGGCCGCAGCCGGGAAAGGGAGACGGAGAGAGGGCUGACCUUUUUACACUGUUAAUACAAAACCUAAACAGCAGCAGCGGGGGUGCGGGUGCCCCUCGCGGGUUCUGCAGGCCAUGACUCUGCGGUCCUCUGACUAAAGUUCAAAGUUUGAUCUCCAGUGCGGAAGUGUUGGCACCUACCGACCGGAGCUAAUCGCAUGGAGGGUUUGCUUGCGAAUGUGAAGGACGUGUGAUCGACUGUGGGUCUCUCUCUCUCUCUCGUUGGGAGCAAUUUGAAAAUGGACAGCCCGUACCUGGAACAGCUCCUGCUAGUUCCAGUUUACCGCUCAGAGAUUACAGCUUGGAAAACGCGAGGGUUAUAAGGAGUGGAUUUUCGUUUUGCUUUUGCCUCUGGAGGGGACGACAAUGGAAUUUCUUCGAGUCUUGUUCUUGCUGUGGGGAGCAGCGGCGCUCUCAGCCGGCGCUAGGGGUCCGCCACAGAUUUCUUCAAGAGUGAUCAACCGACAGACCGUGAGGUUAGGUCGAACAAUCAAGUUGCCGUGCCCAGUAGAGGGUGACCCCCCACCAUUGACCAUGUGGACGAAAGAUGGCCGCACCAUUCACAGCGGUUGGACGCGAUUCCGGGUCCUGCGCCAGGGUCUGAAAAUCAAAGAAGUGGAAGCUGAAGAUGCUGGGACCUACAUCUGCAAGGCCACUAAUGGUUUUGGCAGCAUUAACCUCAACUACACUCUCAUUGUGAUUAAUGAUUCAAGCACAGGAAGGAACGGACAAAAGCUGCCUCAAGGAUCCAAUGGGGAAUAUACAAAUGAAGAUCCCACAGGAAAACAAUGGGUGAGACCCAGGUUUACACAACCCACCAAAAUGCGUCGCAGAGUGAUUGCCCGUCCCGUGGGCAGCUCGGUCCGGCUGAAGUGCACUGCAAGUGGAUAUCCCCAGCCUGAUAUCACCUGGCUGAAGGACAACAAGCCUCUUGUCCUUCAGGACAUGGGCGAUACCAAGAAGAAGAAGUGGACUUUGACCCUGAAGAGCUUGCGGCCCGGAGACAGUGGGAAGUACACGUGUCGUGUCUUUAGCAGAGCGGGUGAAAUCAAUGCAACAUACAAGGUUGAAGUAAUCCAGACCACCAGGUCCAAACCCAUCCUAACUGGAACCCACCCUGUAAAUACCACUGUCGAUUAUGGAGGUACCACCUCUUUUCAGUGCAAGGUCCGCAGUGACGUUAAGCCUGUGAUUCAGUGGUUGAAGAGAGUAGAGUACGGCAGCGAGAACAAGUACAACUCCACCAUUGAUGUUGGUGGACAGAAGUUUGUGGUGCUGCCAACGGGAGAGGUCUGGUCCAGACCCGAUGGCUCUUACUUAAACAAACUGAUGAUCUCCCGAGCAAAAGAGGAGGAUGCUGGGAUGUACAUCUGCUUGGGCGCCAACACCAUGGGAUACAGCUUCCGGAGUGCCUUCCUUACUGUGCUACCAGACCCAAAGCCUCCAAAAGGCCCCGUGACUAAUUCUUCGAACAGCAGCCUCCCAUGGCCCGUGAUCAUCGGAAUUCCUGCUGGUGCCAUCUUCAUCUUUGGCACCAUCCUCCUCUGGCUUUGCCAGGCAAAGAAGAAGCCGUGCACCAGCCCAGCAGCAACCGUCCUUCACCGACAGCAGCAGCAGCAGCAGAGGGACCGGGGCUGUGUACCGGACAAAGAGUGUAUUACCCCCAUCAACUACGAGGAGUACCUGGCCCAGCAGCAGCAGCAGCACCUCCUAGUGCCAGGGCCCCCACCGCCAGCCCCGAAAAUGUACCCAAAGAUCUACACUGACAUCCACACCCACACACACUCCCAUGUUGAAGGCAAGAUUCACCAGCACCAGCACAUCCACUACCAGUGUUAGCGAUGGCAUCUGCAGCACUUCCCAACCUCCCAACAAGGGGCCUCGAAAGAUCAAGCAACUUCCAUUUGUUAGCCUCCUCCUACUUAUCCCCAAUCUCUCUCUCUCUCUCUGACAUAGACACACGCACCCGCACACGCAUGCACACACAUUUACCGACACGCAGCUACACAUACAGACUCCACAUUUAUACAGACACCACAGACACACAGACAUGCACACCCCCGACGCACAAACCCAUUCACACAACCUCAUACAAAUACACUUGCACACCCACACACAAACAUGUACACAUACAUACAUGCACAUGCUCCUCCCCCCCAACAUCCACACACAAAGCCCCACACACGCACGCACACAUACUGCCAGUAAACUGAAAGUUGCCUGGCAAAAGACCUUGUUGUGAGGAAUUUGGGAGGCAAGAGUGGAAAAUGGAGCUAGCUCUGAAAUUCCUGUGAAAUGAGAAUGUACUUGGAAGCAUGAGGGACCGAGGUUGCAGCGAGAAUGUUUCAAGGUGAUAUUUUAGAAGCGAUUCAUAUCUUACUAAUAGAUUGACCCAAGGCAAAUUUUCUUUUCACAAAACAAAACUGCAAAGACUGAAUCAUCUCACACUUCACAAUCCCAAUUGAAGCACCUUUCGAAAUGAAACUAUCUUUUGGUGCACAGUCCACCUAAUUGAAUCAUUGCCCCAGGUACUGAGCAAUUACUUUGUUUCGAUAAAUUAUAUUAAAAAAAUGUAAACUACUUGAGGUAUAUUUGAAUACUGUGAGAAUUAGUUUGUCUAUGCAGUUAAAUUCACUUGACACAAAGAUACCUUAUCAACAACACCAAAUAAUAUUUAUAUAUUAUAUAUAUUUCAAAAAUAAUUACUAUUACCUGGAAGUUGAACAGGGACAGUAUAUUAUAUUUCCAAUCAUACACAUAAUGAACCCAGUGCUUCAGAAAGGCUUCACCACUGGUUAGUGCCAAAUCAAAGUUUAACUGUGUUUUAAAUAAACUUGCUGUCUACAUUAAGUUCCUGGCUGACUUGAUAUUCGGGAUUGUAUAGUCUAUGCUACCAUAUAAACAUCUACUGGACAUUGGUGGAGACCUUUAAAAAUGUACCCCACAAAAUAAGUAUGUCUUGCCACUGCCAUUUCAAGGGAAAAGAACAGCAGGACAGUGCUUCGAAUGUGAAACCAUAUGAACUGUCUUGGUGAAAUAUUUAUUCACCUUUGAAGGAAAAGAGCAGGCUGCUAUAUUUCACUGUCACCCACUGUAGAGACACUGGACAAUUGAGUAUAUCAAGGAGGAAAAUGAAUCACUGUCCAGCAGCUAACCUCCUCCUAGUGGACUGACUUGUGCCUGCUCUUACUGGAGAUCACACUCUUCUAUUCUGUACAAUCAUGUUUCAAUGAUGUUUUAGCAAAUAGGACCUCAGUAGUAGUGCCUUGUGUGGAUUAGAGAGAUGCUAACCACAGAUAUAAGCCUUCUUUUGUUGUUGUAAAACUAUAUAGAUUUUAAACAGAAAGUCAUGUAUAUUUAAUUUAUUUUGUUAAGUGAGAAAAACUGUAUCAUAUUUUCCUCUAAAAACAGGUGUUUCGAUAAAUAUAUUUGAUCAAGGUGAAAUUGAAUUGUUGCAGAGUUUUUACACAGAAGCCCUACACAGAGUGCAUUGACUUGUAUCAUUGAUUGGUGGGUGCAGGGAGACAGUGUGAAAUAUUUUAAUGUAAAGCCUUUUUAAUUCAAAAACAACACAUAUUUUGUAUUCUUUAUAUCAACAAUCCUGUAUAGACUGCCCCCUUGUUUCCAGCAGCUUUUCACUUCAAACUUGUUCUGUUCUGAACACACUUGUAUUGUUUUAUAACAUUUUCAAAAAGAGCUAUUUUAUUAGGAAGAUGAUAUAAUGACGUUAUGGACUAAUGCUGCACUCGUGAGGUAAAUGAUCUUAAUAUUAUAUUCCUGGAAUAUCACUCAAGCUGUUUCUUGCCUUUUUGUCUCUUAAAAGAUAUUUAAACAAAUGAGCAACCACUCUAAAUCGCAAUGGGAAAUUAAUAGCAGUGUAACGUGAGCAUGUGACUGACCAAGAAUGACUAAAGAAGUUUCAGGUUAACAGCUUGCCCUAGUUGUCUAUUUGUACCAGAAGGUUUUCAAGGGCUGUUGUUAAUAGCACUUAAUAGGAAAAGGUGCAUUCAGUCCCAAUUGCUAUCGUGGGUAAAGUUCACUGAAAGCUUUUACCCUUGGGAGAGGCAGACAUUAUCCACUGACUACCUUUUGAAGACGGACCUGUGGUACAUGAGCCAUAAACAUGGCAGAAAUCUGGAGCUCAUCACCUUGUGGUUAUUUCUGUCAACGAUGGCAAGUUACAGACAAAAGGUAGUGAGGGAGACUCAAGCCAAGCCAAAUCUAGCAAUGCGAACAGGAAAAACACAACUACAGUGUGAAAGAAUAGAUAGAGCAUGAGAAGUCCCAUACACCAUUUAAAAUGGAAACAAUAAAACCACCUCAUUUCCUGCCUGUGCAGACUUGUCUGGUCAUUUUUGUCAAUUGAAACAUUUCCUUUGAUCAAACCAUGCUAGAUCUUAAAAAAAACUUCCUUUAUUCUACUCUGUUAAAAUAAUCAAGAAUAAUAUUAAGGGACAGAUAAAACAGAUCUUUAUUGAUUAAAGAAUAAUGUUUCUUUCAGAAAGCAAAUGACCAGCAGUUUUAAAUUGAUUCCAGCAAUCCUAUUAAUGAAAAAAAAAUUAUUCAGCAAUACAGAUGUUCUGAUCAUUUGAAAUGUAGACAAAUUUACAGAUUGUUCUCUCAGUCCCCAGGGCAAAACAACUUUCAUAAAACAAUGCAUUCCCUUAUAUUCUGGAAAGUGGUGGUGUCAGUAAAUUCUUGAUCAAACUGUCAGGUCUGUCUUCGUACCUUAGUGUGUUAUUCAUGGCUGUUUGGUUAAGUGGUGUCUGUUAGACUAAUAUAUUCAACUAAAAUGUAUUUUAAAACAGUUUUGUUGUCUCAUUGAAAGAUGGCUUUAAAUUUGUUUAAAUUCUCGAGGUAAAAGCACAUUCAAAUUCUUGGUGACAAUGAGGUAACCUGAGAGGGAAAUUAGCUUAUAAGUAACUAGAAAUGCAGCUUUGAAGUUCUGCAUUCCAUUCUUUAAAUGCACGUCAAUAAUAAAAGGAUUGUGUGUGCAUGUCACGACUUAAUACAGGCACAGGCAAAGUCAUCUUGAUUAUGAUAUUGUGGCACAUUUAUUGUCUAAUUGUUUGAGCAUUAACACCUAAAGUUAUGCUCUAACCACCAUAUUCAUUAUCUUUUCUCAAACUGAUUAUUUUGUCAAAACUAAACUUAAAAUGAUUCACUGGUAAUGUUAAAGAUGUUUAGAAUGAAAGUAAUUUUGGUUCAAUUUUGGUAAUUUUGAAAGAAAGUCAGAUGUGUAACCUGGAUUUGAAGAGCGUAAAGCCAAAUUGUGAAUUUUGCUUCUUCUGGAUUUAGCCAGCUUUCUAUGUACAGGCUUUGCAAUUUAAUUUUACAACAGUAAUGUCAUUGUUGCAUAGUAUUUGGAAGUCAAUUAUUUUGUAUGUUAUUAUCACGUGUAUGUUCUAAUAUGCAGCAUGUACAUAAUACGCCCUUAAAAUAUCCAACACAAAUAGCAAUUUGAGGAUUAAUUGUCCUCUCCUUGGCAGAUCAUAACACAUUUAAGAAAACGUUUCUAAAUAGAAUUAAUACAUACCCAUGUUUAACCUAAUGCUCACUUAUUAUCAGUUGCUAUUAUAAUGGUGAUAGCCCAUAGAAUUACUGUCUUGUAUUAUGUAAUUAAGUCUAUUUUUACAUGUAAUGACAUCACCUUGCAGAAUUUAUUUCUGGGAUAAUUUUCUUUUGGUUUUGUGAAUGCCUGUUACCCUUUUCUUUGCUAUGGUAUAAAUUGCACUAUCAGUGUCAACACAGUUAUGCGAGAAAAUAUACAUUUUAAAUUUUGUAUUAUUCUUGUAGAUUUAAAUGUAGUCUGGAUUGAUUCUUCAAGGGAGAAGACCCUUUGGAAAUCCUGUGAGUUCGGUCUUAAUUCUACAGAAAUUGUGGUCGUAGCUACCAAAUUGUCAUCAUAGUUAUGUUUUUUUUAAGCUCUGAGCACAGUCUAAGCUCAAACCUGAAGAAUUACUAUUGAAUGAAUUAAAAAAAGAGUGAGAACCAUGGAAUCAUUUUCCAACAUCUUACUGUGAGGAAGUUGGAAAUCAAUGGGAUGUUCACACUAUCGAGAUCACAGUUUCCUUUUCUCCCAUUCCCUGCUCAAUUUGCUCACUUUCUAUUUCUCACCCUCCCACCUUGUGCCAGCACAUUAUUCGCUGAUAUUCUGAUGAGUUUUUUCUUCUCACCUUCUAUCUGAUCUGACAAGGAGCCUUGGUUCAAUGAAGUCAGUGGUCUGCUGUCUACUUCCUGUCUUGAUUAAUACAAAACACCAACAGCUAACUUUAUUUCUUUGUCCAGCUUAGAACUGCUAGAGUGACUGAAGGAAAUAUAAGCUACUGCUGCAGCAAUCCUCACUCCUAUUGGCCGUGUGGUAAAGAUGUCAUUAAUUGAAUUAUUUAGGUGAUGGAUUGGCGGGGGUUUCCCCUCAUGAUAGCUAGCACUUAUUCACGUGCAAUUUUACCUGGUCGCCUCAGUGUCAGUAUAUUUCAGACCAAAUCCAGGUGUUUGUGAAGUCUUGCUGUAUUCCCCACCUGUCCAGAUGCAGCAAAGCUAUCUCUGUCCAAUAGCUAUGCUGCCUGCACCCCAACAAUAGCCUGCACUGAAUGUCUUCACAAGAGCUCAGUUUUUAGCGUCCCUCUUUUCUAGCACUGAAUAAAGCUUUAAUAGCUUUAAUAGCUUUAAUAAAAGAAUCCUUCCAUUGUUCUGUCUGGUUGACCAUGAUCAUUUAUAUCAAAUUUUAAUGCCACUGAAUACUUUGUUUUCUUAACUUUUUGGGUUUUGCUGGACUCCUUCCUGUCAUUUUCAAACAUGUCAUAUUUUUAAUGCCUCUUCAUGGUGGUUUUCUCAUCCUCCCCCUAAUCAUAAGAAUGGUGAUUACUACUUGAAAAGUCUUUUUGAGUGUAAUAGCAAUUGCUAUGACCUGUCAACUUAUCCAUCACUUUGAAACCUCUGGUCUAAGUCACUAUUUCUAAUAGCUUGACUUUGACUACUGGUCCUGUUGCCUGUGUUAUAUGUUUAUCACUGUUGGAACAUAUUAGAGAAUAUCUACUAGAAAACCUUGGUAAGAUUAUAUGACUCUCAUCAAUUUGUCAUCUUUCAGCUUCUCACCAAAUUUCUAUCAUUGGGUGUUGAGUUUUCUCUUGAUCUUUCAGUCUCUGCAACGAUAAGCAGUCAUUUAGAACAUAGAACAUUGAAUGUUACAGUGCAGUACAGGUCCUUUGGCUCUCGCUGUUGCACCAACCUGUGAAAUUAAUCUAAUGCCUAUCUAACCUACACUGUUCCAUUAUUAUCCAUAUGCCUAUCCAAUGACCAUUUUAAUGCCCUUAAAUAUGCCGAGUCUGCUACUGUUGCAGGCAGGCCGUUCCACAUUCCGACUAUUGAGUGAAGAAACUACCCAUGAUAUCUGUCCCAGAUCUAUCACCCCUCAAUUUAAAGCAAUGUUCCCUCGUGUUAGCCUUCACCAUCUGAGGAAAAAGGCUCUCACUGUUCACCCUAUCCAACCCUCUGAUUAUCUUACACGUCUCGAUUAAGUCAUCUGUCAACUUUUUUCUCUCCAACGAAAACAGCCUCAGUUCUUUCCUCAUAAGACCUUCCUUCCUUGGCAAGCAACAUCCUAGGAAAUCUCCUCUGAACCCUUUCCAAAGCUUCCACAUCCUUCCUAUAAUGCGGUGACCAGAACUGUAUGCAAUACUCCAGGUGUGGCCUUGCCAGUGCCUUGUACAGCUGAAGCAUGACCUUGUGGCCAUUUAGAGAAAUCAAUGUGACAAUCCAGGGGAUUCUCAGAGUCAUGACUUCUCUACAUCUAGUGGACUUAUUAUUUAACUCUUUCAAUUCUUUUGAUCUGAAUUUUACUUUGCAUUCAUCAACUUAGUUCAGCUCAUCAUACCUCAGUGUUCACAACAUUUUAUUCAAAUGGUUGAAUUUCUAUAGCAUGAAUGAAAAUCAAUCAUUAAAAUGAAUAAUCUCCACAUUUGUUGCAACAUGUUGACACUAUAGUCAAGAAAGCACAAUGCCUCUAAUUGCUGAGGAGGCUGGAGAAAUUUGGCAUGUCCAUAAAGAUUCUUACCAAUUUUUAAUAACGCACCAUAGAAGGCAUCCUAUCUGGAUACUUCACAUUUUAGUAUGGCAACUGAUCAUCCCAAGACUGCAUAAAUGAGACAGAGUUUUGAACACAGCCCAGACCAUCACACAAACCAGCCCCCCCACCCAUUGACUCUAUCUGCACUUCCUGCUGCCUUGGGAAAGCAAUCAAUAUAAUCAAAGGUCCCUCCCACCUCAGUUAUACUCUCAUCCACCCUCUUCCAUUGGACAGAAGAUAUAAAAGUUUUGAUACAAGUACAAAUAGAUUCAAAAACAGCAUCUUCCUUGCUGAUAUCACACUGUUGAAUGGAUCUUUUAAAUGUUAAUGUUGAUCUCUCUUUCUCUCUGUACCUUCUCGGCAGCUGUAACAUUAUAUUCUUCACUCUGUUUUGUUACCCUGAUAAACUUGUAUAGUAUGAUCUGCCUGAGAAGCAUGUAAGACAACACUUUACACUGUACCUUGCUACACAUAACGAUAAUAAAUCAAAUCAAAUCAAGACUUGACUGAUGCUUUUUGCUAAGCUUUCUCCCUCAUUGCUGAAAGAAUUGCUAUCCUUUUCCAUGCUGGAGAUGCUUUUUUCAUGACCCUCAAUGAUCCAUUCAACACUUGAGUUCUGCUUUUAUCGGGGAAUCCUUUUCCAACAUGCUUCUUCCACCUGUGGACAGGGAACAGGAGAAAAGCUUUCCAUAUGACAGAUGAUCUCACUUUCAUUUCUAGAUUCCCUAGUUCAUCAAAAUUACAACCCUUUGUGAUCUUUUCAACAUCAAUCUCUUUCUUUCUGUCUUUGAAAUUUGCUGUAAACCACUUCUUCCCUGCAUUCUCACUGAGUUAAAGUCAAGGCAAAAUUUGUCCACCCACCUCUUAAGCAUGCGUGACCAGGACCUCAAAAUUAUAUAAUUUUCUAUCAUUUUUCCUUGUCACUUGUUAUCUGCAGGCUUUAAUUACUGAUUCAUAACAUCCCGUAGUCAUCGCUUCCUGAGGUAUUAUCUCUUUUCAAUACUGAUGAUGUCCUACAUCAAAGCAUCAAAUCCCAGUGUAGACACAGAAAAAAAAACAAGGUCAAUGCAAUAAUUGUGUAAAUAUUUUAGCAAAAUCUUAAUUUGUAUAAUAUGUUGUAUUCUAGAUUUAAAUUUGUGAUCGGAAAAUUCACACAUUUCCUUUCCUGAGAGAUAAAAAUGGAGCUUUGGUUAAAGUUUGGAAAUAUUAAUGCAAUGAUUAGAAUUUGAGCUUUGCAGCUAAGGGCAUAGCUUAGAGCUCACAUGAAGCAUACAGGAAUAAGUUCCUGCCUCAAACAUUUAACAAGGGUUGAUCAAGAGCUAAGACAAUGGACUGCAGCAUCUCACAACAAUAUUUUUGCUUUUACUUGAUUUGAUUUAUUAUUGUCACAUGUACCUAGAUACAAUGAAAAGUUUUGUUUUUCAUGCAGUACAGGCAGACCAUUGCAAACAAAGGACAUAAAGUUCAUAGGGUAUUUAGAGAGAGCGUACAAGGUUACAAUCACCUCUGUCAACAAUGUAAACAAACGUUUGAAGAUGCAAAAUCUAUGAGGAAACUGCCACUUGGUAACAUACUAUGGAAUAUAUGAUGAUGCUCAGGUUGAAAUUCCUAAUAAGGUCAACUGACGUACUAUGCAUGAGUUCACUUAAUGUCUUAAUUGCUCAUGGACAAAUUCAGUUCUAUAAACAAACAUGUUAAUCCAAGGGUACAAUGUUGUCAACUUAAUUUCUUUCAGUUUAUGAGGUAAAGUUUGAAAUGUCUGUAAUACCCUGGUCACUUAAGUAACUGUCUAGCUAAUAGCUUUGUUCCAUUGACUUGCAGUGCAUGAGUGUAUUCAUUUGGUCACUGACCAUGUUCUGCAGAAAUGAUAUAUUUACAUGCUCGUACAUCUUUAUGUAGUUUACACUCGGUCUACGUCCCCUCCCAAAGAAAAAUAAACUCUUGCGACUUUGUGCUUCAACUGUCAGUUCACUCUGGCAGUAUAUUAUGUGAGCUAGGUAUUAAUCAGUUCCACUGUCAAUGACAUCAUCUUUCUGUCAAUGCUGACUUCCAUCAGUGUUUAAAAGGUACACACCACCCAGAGAGACCAGACACCACGUACUAACUCUUCCAGCCCUCGGUUUGUUUUCCUGGGUUUUACCAAAGUGGCUGCAUUUCAAUCAUGGAAUAAAUCUGAGCUUAGACAUUGAAAUAUUUCAUCAUUCUUAAUGUAAGAAAGAAUCUAAUAAAUAUUGCUUCUUUCA